UUUUGAAUCAAAUAGUCUGUGGAUCGUCUUUAUGAGACGCCAUCUUAAAAUAAAGUGAAAUAGUUUUGGUAGCGUAGAAUAUUAAAAAUCUAAAGUAAUCUCGAUUUAUAGCCUAGCAUUUGUGCUUAGAUAUUUUAAUUAUUAUAUUACUUAGUGAAACGGACCAAGUUGUUGGUUGGUCCGUGGGUGUUCUCCUGAUGGUGUGUACAUCGCAGCAUGUCUGCACUCUCGACGCCGGGCGGCGGAGGAAAUACGGCGCAGAGCAAGCCGACGUCCGGCAAGCAAAAAUAUCAGAAAUUGGACAUCAAUAGUCUGUAUUGCGCCAACAGGAAUGAAAAUUCUGAACCGUCCUCUGUAAAAUCACAACUAAGCCGCAAACAUGGAAUGCAAAGUCUUGGAAAAGUGCCUUCAGCUAGGCGUCCCCCGGCCAACUUACCUUCUUUAAAAACUGAAACUGGUCAGGAUACAAGUGCAAACUCUGUUACUUCUGUUAGUACGACUGUAACAACUCCACCAACAUGCACUUCACAGACUACGACAAUAUCGAGCGUGGGUGCGGGUGCGGGCACAACGUCGGCCGGCGGAUGGGUGUCCCUACCGCCUCCCUCAUCUCCACACUUCCGCACAGAAUUCCCGUCAUUAGAGGCCGCUGCUCAACCUUCACACCGUUCUACAGAUCAUUCUGCAUCCCAGUUGCAGCUCAGACCACAAACGGAAGGCAGUUGGACGUGCGGUGGAACUGGCGCUGCAGGCAACGGCGGCGCACCCGCCGCACAGCCACAGCCCACACCCGCUUACCGCGCUAUCGUGCCCUCCUUCCUGAUGAAAGGUAGCGCUGGUAGUGGACUUGGAAUGGGAUCCUUGAACACACUUCGUGAUAAUAGGAGUAAUGCAAGCAGUGGGGGGAAUAAUUCUGGGCCCCGGAACAACCCGCGGCCCGCCGCUACUCCCCGAGCUGUCGAGGUGAUUACAUCGAGACCCAUCCUCCGUGAUGAACAAAUAUCGUCACUCGACGAUAUUUCGCGGGACGCCGGGUGGGCGCAGCACGAUGAUAUUGAUUAUGAUCAAAAACUUGAUUUCUCGGAUGGUGAAUCUACACCUGCCCCUAAAACCAGUAGUAAAAAUAAUAACCGCCCCAGUAUUGAAGUCGAUCGUAUUGAUUCAAAAAUACAGGAUCCUGAUGAGGAGCAGCUCUGGGCCGAAAGAAGGCAGAAACAGAGUAAUGAAGUAGCUCUAGCAGUUGCCCGUGCGAGACAACGAAAGGAAGAGGAACAACGACGACAAAUGAGAGAUGUGUCCACACAAAAAGAUUAUCGGGGCAGAACUGAUAGAAAUCGCAAUGACAGGGAACUUGAUAAUAGAGAAAAAGAUAGACUUGACAGAGACAAAGAACAGAGAGACAGAGAUAAAGAGCGCUUAGACAAUAGAGAUCGCGAUCGUGCAGACAACAGAGAUCGCGAUCGUGCAGACAACAGAGAUCGUGAUCGUGUAGAUAACAGAGAUCGCGAUCGUGUGGACAAUAAUCGCUUUGAAAGAGACCGUGAUCGUGAAGGACCAAUUGAACGUCGAAAUGAAAGAGAACGAACUAUUGAAAAGGAAAGAGAACCACGUGAUCGUAAUGAUAACAGAGAUCGUAAUGAAAAUAAAGACCGUACUGAUAACCGAGACAGGUUUGAUAGAGAAAGAAAUGAACGCGACCGAGAAUUUCGAGAUCGUGAUAAUAGAGAUUACAACCGAGAACGUGACCAAUCUAACCCUGCCUUUUCCAAAACGUUCCAAGCUAAUAUACCUCCUAGAUUUUUGCGACAACAGCAGAAUAGGCAGCAGGACGACCAAAAAGGAUGGGCGUUCACGGGGAAGUCUGCACCGAGAAGACAGGAACCGCCUGGAUAUAAUGCGCCAAGACAUGCUCCGAAUAAUGGCCGGCGUUCAUAUUCAAGGGACUAUUCUGAUCGCGAAGAUGAAGUUAGGAGAGACAAAGAUGUUAGUUCUGGCCCACAAUGGAGAUCAGAAAUGCAGGAUCAGGAAAGAAAUUCAAGAGAUUUUGAUCGUUCUACUUCUAAAGACCACAGUGAUCAAAAGGAUAGAAGAAAUGAUUUGGAAAGAAAACCAUUUGAUGGUGUGUCUGAGAGUAGUAGAACGGCAGCUGAAAAGUUAAGUGAAGUUUUUGAACGUAAAAGCAUAGGUCUGUUUGAGCCGUUUGCCUCUUCAGACACUCCAGUACAAACACAGGUACCUGAGAGGAGAACUACACCGCCGUCGCAUGUUGCGUCUCGUGAUUCCUCUGAAAAAGAUUACGGUAAAACUUCAUGGGCAGAAGUUGCUAAAGAAGACCCAAUUGCAAAUACUUCGAAGGCGCCAAUUGAUAAAAAUGUGAUCGUACUAAAAGAAACCGAUAAGGUAUCGAGAUCAUCCAGUUUCGUAGAAAAUAAGGACAUUCUGCCUCCAACAGUUCCAGCACAAAUGCCACAACAGAAUGUAUCUGCACAUAAAGUUGAACCUGAUGUAACACAAAACUCGGGUAAUAAAUACCCAAGUAAUACUUCUUAUAAUUCAAACUAUGUUCCGUCUAAUCCAAAUAUUCCUUCUAAUAUUCAAAACCACAAUAGUUCUGUCAACAAUCCACUUCAACCUGCUUUUACUGAAACUCAAUUGUUUCCUAAACCAAUACCUGCUCUAAAGACUGACAUUCUUCCUAAUGUACCACAAGUACAACAACCUAUUAAUGAACAUAUAUCACAGCAUACUGUUAAGCCCAGUUUGAAUCUACAAAAACCUGAGAAGGAACAUGAGUCUGAACCCAAAUCUGUUGCUGCUGACCAAGCUAAUCUCAAUAUUACUAAGAUUAUCGACCCACAAUUUGUAGACAUCCAAGGAGAGCCUUUAAAAAUAAUUUCGGAUGAUAAAAAAAAUGAGAUUAACAAAAUUCCACAAAAAGAACCCAUCGAAAGAAAGUCUAGCGGCUCUGGAUCUGAAAAAAAGGGCAGAGGCUUUGGUAGUGGUGGAUAUAAUGUAUAUAAUAGAGGUUGGGGUUCAAGAGAACCUCGCGGGCGUCGAUCAAACCGAAGUUCGCGCUCCAACAAUAGGGCCAGUGAGUCUGACGGCUCCACCGACGCAGAGCGGAAAGAUCGACGUCGUGCGCCUCGUAGCCCACGGGGACCAAAAAAGCAAGACAGAGUUGAAGAUAUUGCAAAUGCCGCCUCUGAUCCAAGUCAGAUGUCUAGCGUAAACGAUGUCAUUGAAAACAGAGAGCCUUUUGCACCUCGCGGACAGCCUUCUCGUCGUGGCAGAGGAGGUUUUCAAGGCACUUCAAGACCUCCGGCACCCGCUAAAAGGGUUACUGGCUAUGGCCCUCCUAAUACUAAAAGUCCAUUUAGCCAAGCUAAUCGAGUUAAGGAUAACGAAGAUAUUAAAGAUGGACUCCAGGAUGAAAGAGGACAAAGUAAACGGACUGGUCCAUCUAAGGGACGCGAUCGUCGUCCUAAAGGCUCGGGUCCUCACAGUGGUGAAGAUGAGAAUUGGGAAACAACUUCUGAACAUUCCGAGAGCGGUGGAACGCGCAGAUCGCUUGGGAGUAGGCAAUCUGGACUAUCUCAAAGAGGAAAUAGAAACCAAAACUCGAGUAACCGACAAGGCGGUCGAAACGUUCAAGGAGCUAAAAAAGAAGUUUUACCUGACAAAGGAGUUGAAGUCACAGAGGCUAUGUCUGACCUCAAAAUAUCUAAAAACGACGAGGUAGUCGAUGAUGGUUUUCAAGAAGUACGCAAUAAGAAGAAUUCAAAAGAUUCUCGCGGAGUUUCUGCUAAUGCAAAGGAGGAAAAUCAAAACGCUUCUAAGCAGCCCCGAUCACGUUCCAAUCAAGGUGGUGGAAGAAAUGGGUCAUCGACUAGAAAUUCUAACGAAAAGCCGAACCCACGGGGAUCAGUGCCAGUAUCUGGUAAACCCAAUUCACAAUAUGAAAGGCCGCGCACAGCUAAUUUAGCUCCUAGGUUUGUGAAACAAAGACAGAAGCAACAAAUGGGUUUGGCCUCCAGUUUUCUGCCAGAUACAGGCGCAGCGCCACCGCCUCCAGCCGUUAAUGCCUGGGAUAAACCAAUUUCACAAACACUGCGCGGAAAUAUUGAGGAACCCAUUGAAGUUGAAAAAUCAAGUCACUCAAGUCAAAGAAGCACCCCAGGUGAUGCUCCAGCAGAGGCAAAAACAUCUCCACCUACAGUCAUUACUGAGAAAACUGGUGUUCUAGAUGGCUCAACCCCACCAGUUGAAACAAUUAUAUUCGAGAAUACUAACUACAAAACUCCUCCAGCUGAGGCCUUGAAAUCCAAGUAUCAACCUAGUGUUAGCACAGUGAAAUCUCAAGAAGAAGUUGCCAGCGAAAUGGAAUCAAGAGCUCUACAGUUCAAUGGGGAUGUAAGAGCCCGACCGAGGUCCAUUCAAGAGAUAAUGGCUGAGUCCGGUAGGCCUGUGACUGAAGCUGAAGGUUCUCUUAGUAUUCCGAUGUCCUUUGAUUCAUCUCAGAAAGCUGAAGAUUCCUCAGACAUGAAACUCGAUUUCGCUUUUGAUUCAGAUCUUGGACAAUUGACAGAAGACAAAGCGACAAAGUCACUAGGCUUACCGCGUGGCGUCCAUAUGAGUACAUCGAACACAAUAUCUCCACUAGCAGCGGAUCUGAACUUAAAAAUUGCUAGUGUAAAGAAAGUUUGGGAAAUGCCUGCUGUAGUUGAAGGUAGUGAAGAACUUCAGUUUGCUGGUUUUGAGGAGAAUAACGCAGACACAGGAGCGCCACCAAAUGUCUGCAAAGUUAAGCCAACUCAACAAUUACAGUCACCUCCGCCUCAACACUACAAUCAUGUUGGAUAUCCGGGAAGUUAUGGUGGAUUGUCGGUACCUUCCCCGCCUGCUGUUCUUUUUAAUUCCUCCCAACAAAUACUGGGCUCCUCACAGCAAUUGCCACAACAAGGUGGUUUAUAUGGAGCAUUUUUGGAUCAAACAAGGGGACAAUUUGGUGGAUUUCCAGCAACUCCCUAUGGUGCGGGUUCGGCGACGCCCUACAACUAUCAACCACCACCAGACAUGUUCCAGAGUUUACAGAGUCAAUAUAGAAUGGCCGCAGCUGGCGGUGGGGCAGCUUUUGGUCAAUCUGGUCAGUUGGGAAACAGUCCCAGCACAGUCCUUAUCUCAAGCACUUCUAAUUCUCUGAUGUCUGCAACCGUCAAACCGUCUUCGCAGCAAAUUGGGGCAAUUGGAAGCAAAGGAGGCGGUGUAAGUGGCGUUGGCGGAGUAGGUGGUGUCAACACCUUCCAACAGCAGUACCUGGGUUACUCGGGUCCGGUGGGCGAAGCGCCCUAUUCCCUCCAAGGUCUACUGCCCAGGCCUGCGCCCCCUGCAAACUCAUACUACUCUCCAUAUCAGCCCCCAGCUGCCCCAGCCCCUACAUAUCCCUUACAGUUUACUCAGCCGGCCCAAUCUAACGCGUUCAGCUCGCAAUUCCUGUCUUCACAAUUGCAUGUUGCAGCAGCUGUACAGCAGAUGCAACAACAAUACCGGGGUCCGAUGCAGCAGCAGUACCCCCCACAAGCGCGCCCUCCACCUCAACAACAACUUAAGAGCCCUUUACAUGAACAUGCUAACGGAUUUGCCUCCCUUUGUGAGGCUGGCUCUCCCACCCCCAAGGGGGCAAAGCCAAAGCCCCCUCACUCACCCCCACAUAAAUACCACGCUCCACCCCCACAGCAUCCUCCCCCUUCGCACACGCCGCACCAGCAUCAUCAUCAGCAACAUCAACAACACCAACAGCACCCGCAACAACAUCAACAUCAGCAGCAACUUGGCAACGGCAACGGUCGGGGUUGCGGCAACAACGCCAUGCGUACGAUGCCGCAGCGCUACCCGGCGCCCAUACAGCGACCUCACACCGCGAUGCCGCUAUACCGACAACAGCCGCCGAGACACCAUGCACCACGGCAUAAUCUCUAUUAUCAUCAUCAGCCACGCAACGGCAACGGAGGCGGCGAUCAGCAGGCCCGCUCUGGCGGAAACACGCCUUCUGCCACAGAGGAAUCGGUGGAGGCUCCGCCCCCAGCCGACGCGCCUGCGCCGCAGCCUGCCGAAGUCAAAGCGGACUGAGCGCAUUACGAACGACUUCUCACUCAACGCAUGGUCAUCUCUUACUUUUCAUUCGAUUGGCAGAAUGAACGUCCUUUAGAAAGGAUUUAGUAAAUGAAACGCGCUAUUGGAAACUGCUACACCUGACGCAAUGGGUGUUAGUUUCUGGUCAUAUGAUUGGCAAAAUGAAUGGCCAGAAUUUAUAUAUAAAACGUAACCGGCUGGUGUAAAGACUGCCACGAUACAACUUUAUGGAAUUGUGGCAUCAUUUUUGAGUAAGCCUGGCCACUGCCACGGUCACGAGUGUGUGGACUAAUGAACUUUGACACUUUUAUUUUAUUCAUAUUUUUGACUUGAUUAAUAUUGUGAAGUGCCGUGCACGCCGACGUUCGUAUGCACGCGCUCGCAUUAUAUAAAUUCUGAGUUUCGGAGAAAUCCCGGCCGGCUCCGGUGGCCAGAACGAAGGUGCUUCCUUUGUUUUCGGUUGGUAACAUGGAUCCUGAGCCUUGAAGAAUUCUUCGGAUGGUUGGAAAUAGUGCAAUGUAAGGCAAGCCAUGCUAUGCGCUUUCCAGCCCUCAGGAUCCGCGCAGCUAACCUCAAUGUAAAUAUCGGCCGGAUACGGCUGUCUAAUUUGACUGUUAUUUUAAGUAUGUUAAGUAAUCGCAGGUCGGCUUCAAGAUGCCGAGACCUCUCACUAGUGAAUAUGUAGCCACGGUUUUGCAACUGACGAUGAUAUAAAUAAUGUUAAUGUAAUAAUGGAGCAAAGCCGUUUGUGUUUGGACAUCAGGCCGGUGCGCUUUUGCGCUCCAUGUAUCAUAAUCGAUUAUUAUAGUAUGCGAAUAAAUAUUAUGACCGAUAA